UUUCCUUCCCUUCCUUAUAUCCCCUAUAAAGCCACUGCAAAAUCCACAAAAAAAGAAAUGGAAGAUAGAGAGGGAGAGAUAGGGGGAGAUUAAGAGAAGCAAAUCUCAGGAAUCAUGUCGAUAGCAGCUCCCUCAAUCCCUUCCAUCAAGAUCAAGACUUCCUCUCCUCACCCUUGUUCAAGUCUGUCUUUGAGGCCGCUGAUCACCACCAUCAGGAGCUCCCAGGCUGAGGGUCCUCUGAGGAGGCCUGCAACCCCCUCUUUGUCCCCUCCCCCUCCUUUACCUUCUUCACCACCUUCCGUUUCUCCUCCUCCUCCUCCUCCUGCUGCUCCUGUUCUUGCUGCUGCAGCCGCCAAGGAGGUGGUGGUGACCUUGGAGUUCCAGAGGAAGGUGGCGAAGGAGUUGCAGGACUACUUCAAGCAGAAGAAGCUGGAGGAGGCGAACCAGGGGCCUUUCUUUGGCUUCUUACCUAAGAAUGAGAUCAGCAAUGGCAGAUGGGCGAUGUUUGGAUUUGCAGUUGGGUUAUUGACAGAGUAUGCGACAGGUGCUAGUUUCGUCCAGCAGCUUAAGAUCCUCGUCUCCAAUUUUGGCAUCCUCGAUUUGGAGUGAAACUUGUGAUUGUUAAUCUGUACAAGAUUUCAACCAUCAACUCUCUUGUUCUUGAAUUUGAUUGAGAACUCAAAGCUCUACAGACUCUCACUCCUUUUCCUGUAUUGUAAACAUAUGCUUAAGACAGAUGGUGUGAAUAUCAGUUGAAUAUUUCAGA